AUGGCUUCAUAUGACAUUUUUGAUAUGUGUUUAGAAGAAAAUUCAGUUUUAAAAUUUGACUUGUUAUGCAAGGAGGGUCCAAGUCAUAUUGUUAGACAAAGAAAAAGAUUAGGUGAAUUUUCUACAUUGUACGAAACCCUACGAUCAGACGAAAACAAAUUCUACGAGUAUACAAGAAUGUCAGUGCCAACUUUCGACUACAUAUUGGAAAAAAUAGAUGCUCGUUUAAAGUUAACAGCCACUAACUUUCAUAUAUCAGAUUCAAUAACGUCUGCAGAAAAAUUAAUCGUGACCUUAAGAUAUCUUGCUACUGGAACAUCUUUUCGAGCACUGGCUUUUAGUUUUCGAAUGGGGAAAACAACAGUAGCCGACAUUGUUUAUGCAACUUGUUCAGCUAUAUGGCAGCAAUUGGUUGAAGUACAUAUGGCACGGCCAACGCAAGAGGACUUCAAAAAUAUAGCAAAUGACUAUUACAGACUAUGGCAGUUCCCUAUGUGUUUAGGAUCUAUUGACGGCAAACACUGCAGAAUGAAGUGUCCCGCUAAGUCUGGCUCUUCGUUUUACAAUUACAAGCAAUAUUUUUCCAUAAUACUACAAGGUGUGGCGGAUGCAAAUAAACGAUUUAUCUCCAUAGAAGUAGGAGGAAAAGGCAAACAAAGUGAUGGAGGGACUUUUCAUUAUUCAACGUUGAACAGUUUGAUGGAAAAUGGAGGACUACAUAUUCCUCCACCCGAUAAUUUACCAGGGACCACAUUAGAAUCUCCUUAUGUUUUUCUGGGAGAUGAAGCCUACCCUUUGAAAAUACAUUUAAUGCGGCCGAUUCCAUCAAGAAACCUGAAUGAUAAAAAUGAGUAUUUCAAUAAACGUCUCUCACGUGCACGAAAAUGUAUUGAAUGUGCUUUUGGUAUUUUAUACGCAAAAUGGCGUAUUUUCAGUAAGCCGAUCGAAACAAAUGUAGAACACGCAUGUUUAAUAAUAAAAACCGCUUGCCUUCUACACAAUGUCAUACGUGAUCUCGAAGGAAAUGAUUGUAAUUCUCAAAACUAUGACACAAAUCUGACUCCUGGGGCACAUUAUGCUGAUCUCAAUAGAAGAAACAACAGUUCUUCUCAGGCCGCGAGAAAUAUACGGAACCAAUUCGCUAACUACUUUUGGGAUAGGAAAAUAUAAUGUUUACAAAAUAUGUUCAGUUAUUUUCAGUAUGUAAUGUAAUGAAAAUGUAAUAAAAUAUUACCUUCUAUGCCUAGUUUUUCUGCUAAUUCAGUCCAGAUUUUUGCUUUCACUAGUCUAUUUUUAUAGAGAGCAUGCUUUGACAUCCAUAUUUCUGGUUUUUCUUGGAUUGCACAAAUUAUUUCUUCGAACGGCAUAAUGCACGUGCUACUGAAACGCUCUAAAAACACAAACAGAAUUGAAAUGAACGCUGUACACCGCUCGACGCUCCACCAAACGCAAACAUGCGCGCUCUCUACAACGCUCUGGCGGCUGCCACUAAGGACAUCUAGAUAGAAUAAGCAGAGAUAGACAUACACGCUCCACGCCCCGCGCCGCUGCACGCUCGUCUAGAGCGGGCAGUCAGGCCUCACACUUACAGUU